AUGGGACUCCGCAGGACCCCCCCACCCGGCAUGGCAGCUCCCCCGCCGCAGCCAACAAACUACAUGACCGAGUUCCCCGAGGAGGAAACACAGGCGCAAGUACAAGUAGAAGCUACACCCACCGCCACACCUGCAGAAGAAGCAUCAGCGUCAGCACCAGUGCCGGCAUCGCAGGCAGAAACCCAGGUGGUACAGAGCAGCUCCCAGAUCACAGGCACGCCGGUGGAUGCGGGAAGUGCAGAGAUCACUGCUGUGAGCAGUCCGUUUGCAGCUGCGAGCAGUGGCAGGAAGACACGCAGUGCUGCUGGCACGCCAAACCCGACGCCGAUACCAACGACUAAGUCUAUCAGGAGGUCGCCGGUGGUGAAGAGUGCGCCUGUAUCAGCGACCCCAACACCACCACCCGCAGCAUCACCACCACGAGAGCCAGAAGCAGAGGCAGCACCGCAGCCAACGCCCACAGCCCCCCGCACCACAACCACGACCACAUCCCCACAAGCCACCCCGCAACGAAACCUCCUCACCCUUGCCGCAGGCCUCAACCGCCCCCCCCCCACCACGCCGCACCACCUACGCCCCCACCCCUCCACCCGCCGCACCCCCGGCGCGCACCGCCUAGCCCCCAAACUCACCGCACGCUCCCCACACGCCAUCCGCGCAUUCACGCGGCGCGCCGCGACCCCCUCGCGCCGCAAGUCCGGCCGCUACAACGCCCCCGCGCGCGAGUCGCCGCGCGACUGGCUGCUGAAGCUCAGCGGCAUCCUGGCGCCCACCGCGGCGCCGUUCGUGCCGACGCCCGUGCAGACGCCGCGCGUGCGGGAGGAGGAGAUGAUGUAUUUCUCCGACCCGGGGGAGGAGGAGGAGCGGCCGCGCACGGAGGUGAAUUUUUAUGAUGAUGGCGAGGAGGAGUGGGAGGUGCUUGAGCGGCCCGAUGCGGCGAGGAGCGUGGAGAGGGGACGGCGCGCGGUGAGUGAGCAGCCGUGGGGGGGGAGGGGGAGCUUUGGCAUAACGUGGGAUGAUCGGUUUGCGGAUUUGGAUGCGCUGCGGGAGCAGGGGGGGGAAGAGGGGGAGGAGGGGGCGGGGGAGACGACGGUGGCGGAUGUGAGUAUGGGGGUGGGGGAUGUCACGGUGGGGGGGAUUAGUGUCGGUGAGGAGUCUUUGGGGAAGGUGAAGAUGGGAUUUGUGCCCGAGGAGGAGGACGACGACGAGGACGAGGAGGGCGAUGUCACGAUGGGCAUGGGAAGGGAGGAGCUGGCCUUCGACGAAGGCGACUCCUACUUCCUCCCCAUGCCCACCGAACCCGACGGCUCCCCCGCCCCCGCGCCCGCUCACGACUCCGACGACACCGGCGCCCCCCCCGAGUACUCCCCCGGCCUCGACAACGACAACGACAACGACGCCCCCACCACCGCCACCGCCCGCAACAUCGCAGCAGCCCAAAAAACACAAAAGGCGAAACGCAAGCAACACCCGCUCUCGCGCCACGGCCACCCGCUGCCGCCCUUCCCGCGCGCAACGAUAAAGAAGAUGGCGCAGACGUUUGCUGGCGGCGCGUCGAUUGGCGGCGAGGCGCUGGAGGCGCUGGUGAAGGCGUCGGAUGCGUUUUGGGAGCAGGUGGCGGGGGACUUGGCGGUGUAUGCGGGGCAUGCGGGGAGGAGGACGAUUGAGGAGGGGGAUGUGGUGGUGCUGAUGGGGAGGCAGAGACAGAUUACGGAGGGGUCGACGCUGUUUUCGUUGGCGCAGAGACAUCUGCCGAGGGAGUUGCUGCAGCAGGUGAGGAUGCCGGUGGUGAAGGGUGCGAGGGGAAGGAAGAGGAAGGCGGCGGGGAAGGGGAAGGGGAGGGGGAAGGGGAAGGCUGUGGAGGUGGAGGUGGAGGUGGAGGCCGAGGAGAAUGGGGAGACAUAG